CGCACGCAUACCCAUACCGCGUAUACGCAGAUGGAUGCCGCCGGCGUCGAUCCGCUAAGUCUCGCUUAAUUGCCGACCAUCCCAUCAGCAUCGGCCAUGCGCAGCUGCUGCUGCUGCACGCGCUCAACGGUCUCGCGGCCGAGUCUUGCAUCCCACCUGCGCUCCAGCACACACGCGUCAUGCACGAUCUUUUCUAUUUGCGGCACAGAGCGCUCGACCUUCAACAGCACUCGUGACUCGAGAGUUGUGGAGGUCGAUGGGCCUACCGCGAGAAGUUGAGGAUACAAGAUUGAGCUCGAGGCAGCCUCAUCAGGCUCAGCUAGGAGCGCGAGCGAGCAGUGUCCGAGAUAUAAAGUGGCACAGCUUUAGAACACGGAAGGCAAGCUGGGCUGCUCGUCGCUCCAGUAUUGGGUAUGGAAUCUGUACGUGGAUGAGCGCGCGCCUCGAUCACGUCCUGCUGUACUCACGACUCACGACUCGCGACUCGCGAAUGCAGAGGCCAGACGUGGGACGAGCAUCCUAUGUCGAGAGCCACGUUCGCAGCGGUAGCUACACGCUGCCGAUUGAUCUGCGAUUGACACUGCCCAAAAGCGACUUUGAGCCGGUCCGGCUUCGAGUAAAGCGUAUCGGUGCAUCUCGUCUUACGCUGCUGUGCUGUUGCGCCACGCAUGCGUGGUGGCGCGGAGGAGAUGAUAGGCUCAUGAGACCGCCUAGGUCUCGUAGGUGCUUCGAUUGAUACUCCUGAAUACUGAGCACUGCCAAGCUCUAUCCCUCCUCGUCAUUGCUGGACCGCGAAUUGUCUAGAAUGGAUUAGGCGCGAUGUGGUAGUCUACAAUUUGAGUGCAGCAAGCCCGAAGAGUCUCUAUGAUGUAGAUUUGGCGCGCAGAGGGUGACGCGGCGAAGCCAAGUGUACGAGGAG